AUGCAGCCCAUCCCGGGACAUUCGACGACCUACCAGGUCCUCAAGCAAGGGCAGGGUUCUGACCUGGCCAUGGCCGAGACCUGGAUGACUUCGAUGUGCGCAUGGGCCUUUGGCUCCAAUGCCGUCGCAGAGGGCAACAAGAGGUGUGAUCCACGACAGGACGCUGAAGAGCCGAUGAUGCCGCAUGAAGCAGAGGAACCAAUGUCGGAUAGAUGCGAGCCCUUAUCUUUGGAUGCGCUGCCCCACGUGCUCGUGCCAGAGGUGUCGCGCUUCCUUCCAGUACAAGAUUUCCUUCCGUUGCGAGCAGCAUGCCACAUGGCUUCCGCCACGCAGGCCGUUGACGAGCUGCUCCGGAUACCCCUACCGCGUGACAUGACAAACGCUGCCAAGUCGCAGCCGAUGAGUGCUGAGCAGCUGGAGGAAGUGUAUGGUCCACGGAGGCUGAAGUACCCACAAUGGGUGAAACGAGGGUGCGACACUUGUGUUUUCACGGAUCUGGUCACAAUGUUGGAGCGUUCCGACAUGACCAGCACCGUGCAGUCGAAGGAGAACCGCGCGAGUCAAGGCAGCCAUGGUUCCGACAUGACCAGCACCGUGCAGUCGAAGGAGAACCGCGCGAGUCAAGGCAGCCAUGGACUCAGCGGUUCCGACAUGACCAGCACCGUGCAGUCGAAGGCGGGAGAACCGCGCGAGUCAAGGCAGCCAUGGACUCAGCGGCGGGUGAAAGCAAACACAGGAAUGCAGCGGCAUUUUUCUGAAGGUUCCGACAUGACCAGCACCGUGCAGUCGAAGGCGGGAGAACCGCGCGAGACAAGGCAGCCAUGGACUCAGCGGCGGGUGAAAGCAAACACAGGAAUGCAGCGGCAUUUUUCUGAAGGUUCCGACAUGACCAGCACCGUGCAGUCGAAGGCGGGAGAACCGCGCGAGUCAAGGCAGCCAUGGACUCAGCGGCGGCUGAAAGCAAACAGAGGAAUGCAGCGGCAUUUCUCUGAAGGUUCCGACAUGACCGGCGCCGUGCAGUCGAAGGAGAACCGCGCGAGUCAAGGCAGCUCCGACAUGACCAGCACCGUGCAGUCGAAGGAGGCUGAACAGCUGCCAGCUUGCAUUGCCGGCUAUGGAAACAGCUGGCUCAAUUACGUUUUGACGGAGGUUGGAGGCUUACAGCGCGAGUGGCAGGAUUUGCCAGCAACGUGUCUGCAAGCUGGCAUUGGGGAUGUCAUCUUGAUGAGAUCACGUAGCUACGUCUUCGGCCACACCCUGCUCAUUGGCGCCGCGCCGACCGUUUGGACAGCCAAUUUCAUGUCCGUGCAAGCGAUCGAGUGCACAGCGCGUGCUCCUGAAGAAGGCUUGUGGCAGAUCACCUGCUUGAUUGGCCGCUACAAGGACACGCUGCGCAUGCUUUGUGAGCUGGACGAGGAUGGCCGUCCAGACAAGUGCUGCGACACGGCAGUCAACUUCUUGCUGGCGCCGGCAGCUCUGCGUGAGUGCUUCGACCACGUGCUGGGCCAGCAGGUUCUGCAGGAGAUGAAGGUCAUCCCCGUGCGGUGGUGUGUGCACACGGCCGUCCGCGCGGCGGUGUACCACACGCUUCCGUCGCAGCGGAGUGCCCGACAUACCAAUGAAGGGUUCCUGCGGGUGAUUGAUGCACUGCACAAGGCAUCUUGGUAUAUGCACCACUACGGUGGUGCAGUUCUGGCAGCGCUACAUGGCCAGCCCUGA